AUGCGAUACAACGAGCGACAUAUCCAAUACGCGUUGAUCCUUCGAUCGCCGAUCGUCGUCUCCGGCGGCCACAGAAAGGUAAAGGUCUCCGAAGAUCGGCAAAUCCAUCUAAAGCUAUAUGCGUCUUACGUUUUUAACCCUAUAAACAGGUUAAUAGGCUGUACUCCAAUGAUGAGAUCAAAGCACUACACAAUAGAAGAAUGGGAUACAAAGCCAAUAAGAAAAAUCCCUUCUUUGGUUGAUCUUUGUGUUCAGAAAGCUGUAGACAAUGUUAGGUACUUAGGGGAUGUGGGAGAAACAGACUUCCAUCUUCUAGAACGUUUUUUACCACACUGUACUGUUGAGCAGUUGAUGCAUAUCGAGGAUUCAACCGAGGAUCGAGAUCUUAGCCCAGUUACUGAUAAGCUGUGGAAGAACUUUUAUGUGUUACAAUUUGGUGCUAACAGCACCAAUGUUGUAGUUGAGAGAAUGAAAGAGAAGAGAGUUUCAUUUAAAUGGAGACAAUUGUAUGAGGCGAAGGUAAAGGAUAAUGAGGAGGCACAACAAAAGUCAUUUGAGCGAAUAAAGCAACUAUAUAAAAAGGAAAAUGCUAAGAAGCAAAGUCGACAGGUUCAACUGUGCACCAAGGUGCCACCCUCCACCAACAAAAGGGGUUUUUGGGGAGGAGGCCCUAGUAGUAACAUUGGCAAUACAAAGAGUGGCAUCAUGAAGAAGGCUAAACUAGAAUUCCUUAACAGCCGAGAGGUGAAAAACCUAUCAGCUAUGAAGAAAACCAACUUUCAAAACAACCAAAGGGUUUCUCCUAUUAUAAAGAAACCAAGUCAUUUUCCUGGAAAGUCUUCUUCUACUCCUUCAAGUUCCAAAUUUAGUACAUCAACAUCAACAGCAAGAAGAUUUUGAAGAGCCUUUUCACGUUUGGUUUUGAAUAAGGUUGUGUAUCUCAGUUUGUUAUAGAAUGUUUCAAAUGUUGAUAAAAGUCUUUUCCAUUUUUCUAUAAAUGUUGUAUGCUACUGCUGACCUGUCAACAAGUAUGUUUUCACUUUCUGCAUCCCAAUGUUCACCUUUUAAUGAUAACGUGCAUAUUCAUGUUUUGAUUGCAAUUAGAAAUAGUUUGUGUUUAUUUCCAAGUAUUAUCAUCUCGUACUAGGAAGCAACACAAAUUGGUGA